UUGACGGGCCCCUCAGACACCACACAGGAGUUUGGUGACUCAAAACUGAUUUCUCACAUCAACUCAGCAGAGUCAUGAUGGACAGUCUCCUUAUGAAACAAAAGAAAUUCCUGUACCACUUCAAGAAUUUGCGCUGGGCCAAAGGCCGCCAUGAAACAUACCUUUGCUAUGUGGUGAAAAGGCGGAAUAGUGCCACAUCUUGCUCCCUUGAUUUUGGAUAUCUGAGAAAUAAGUCUGGUUGCCAUGUUGAAGUUCUCUUCCUGCGAUACAUUUCGACGUGGGAUCUGGAUCCAAGGCACUGCUAUCGAAUCACCUGGUUCACAUCCUGGAGCCCUUGUUACGACUGUGCCCGGCACGUGGCUGACUUCUUGAGUGCAUAUCCUAACCUAACAUUGCGCAUCUUUGCUGCUCGCUUGUAUUUUUGUGAAGAACGCAAUGCUGAGCCUGAAGGGCUACGGCGUCUCCACCGUGCAGGAGCUCAGAUGGCCAUUAUGACUUUCAAAGACUACUUUUACUGCUGGAAUACCUUUGUUGAAAACCGUAAGUCGACCUUCAAGGCUUGGGAAGGGCUUCAUGAGAAUUCUGUACGUCUUACCAGAAAACUGCGUCGUAUCCUUUUGCCACUUUAUGAAGUUGAUGACCUACGAGAUGCUUUCCGGAUGCUGGGACUUUAAGGUGCUGAGAUUGUGGGUAACAUGAAGAAAGAUCUCUAUCCAUGAACAUUCAGGACUCUUCAUCCCACUCUUUCCUUUGCUACUUUUGUGGGCAUUGUCAUUCUGAGAAAAAAAGUAGCCCUUCUGGAAAAAAAAAUGAGAAAGACCCUCUGAGAUUAUGUAGAUUUGCACAUAGAGCCUCCUGCAUCUUUUUGAGAGAAAGUAAAGUUUGUGAAAUUAUGAAAUCUUCUUGAUUUCUAUUAGUGAGGAUAGCUAGAGAAAUUGACAUUUUAAUAUUAAAUAGAGUUAGAAGAAGUAUAGCCAAAUCUCUUAGAUUGUUUUAAAUUCCAGACAUAGUCAUCAUUUAAAGGAAACAUGAUGGAAUAGGAAGCUAAAUAUGAGUUGUAACCUUGCUUCAGUAUGGGCAACACACAAAAUUACUGACACAUCUUGUUACACAACAUCUAAGGGAGUCCCACUGGAAUUGGAUAGACUUGGAAACUGUGACAUGAUGCCCUCUUGCCUUGGCAUCACCUUGCUAUCAUGCUUCCAAGCUGAAUCUAUAUAGCAAGCAAUUAUUGUCUGAAGAACACUACAGCAGUCUGAUAUCCUUGCUGGACUUGGUGCUUACACUGGGCCGGUUUGUUCUGUGGUGUCGUUUUUACCAAAUU